GUCGGUGACAGCGCGCGCCGGGGGCGGGGCCUGGGCGGCGCGAGGACGGCGCGGGAGCGGCUGAGAGUCAGAAAAAUGAAGCAAACAUGGAGCUUCAGUAGCAAAAUGACCUUGGAUUCCCCUUAAGUGACAUGUCCUCUGAAGCCCUUUUUCUCAGUAACCAUCAGGAAACACUUUUUCCCUAUGAGGAUGACUGGCACUGGUCAUCCCAGGCUGCCCAGAAAGGUUGUGGUGUCUCCAUCCUUGGGACACCACUACAUCCUUGUCAUCCUGCACUACUGGCUCUGGUGGCCCUGUUUGAGCAGGAGGAUGGCCCAGUGUCUGGAGGCAGAAAUCAGCCCUGAAAUGUGGUGGUUCCAGCAAGGCCUCUCAUUCCUGCCCGUGGCUCUGGUUGUGUGGUCAGCAGCAUCAUUUGUGUUUUCCUACAUUACUGCAAUUGUCCUGCACCACGUUGACCCUUUGGUGCCCUACAUCAGUGAUACAGGGACAAUACCACCCGAAAGAUGCUUAUUUGGGAUCAUGUUAAAUGUUUCAACCUUCUUGGGGAUAGCCACCAUGUACGUACGGUACAAACAAGUGUCUGCCCUGAGCCCAGAAACACCCAAGGUCCUCAGGCUGAAUAAGCUGGGCCUCGUGCUGGGAUGGAUGAGCUGCUUUGGACUCUGCAUUAUUGCCAAUUUCCAGAAAUGCAUCCUGUACUACAUCCACGUGCUGGGAGCCUGCCUGACCUUCGGGGUGGGGUCCAUUUACAUGCUGGUUCAGACCGUCCUGUCCUACCUGAUGCAGCCAGAAUUUCACAGCAAAGACAUCUUCUGGGCCCGCCUGGCUGUGUUCCUGUGGAGCUGUUCCAGCAUCCUGAGCAUGUUUGUGUCCUCAGUUGUGUUGUACAGUGGCCUGUAUGGACAGAACCUGGUGCAGAAGCUGCACUGGAACUUCCAGGAAAGAGGCUACACACCUCACAUCAUCAGCACCGUCUCCGAGUGGUCACUGGCAUUCUCCUUCCUCAGCUUCUUCCUCACCUACAUCCGUGACUUCCAGAAAAUCUCCCUGCGAGCCGUGGUCAGCCUGCAGGGCCAGACCCUCCACGAGAGCCCAGGCAGCUUCAGGGCAGAGGAGCAGGCGCUGUUCAUAGCAGGGAGCAUCUGAUGGAUGGAGAGAACUCAGGAAUUUAGUAGCAAUAGCAGCUGUUGUUUCUAAACUUUUAUUUUAGAUUAAAAAGUAUGCAGUGAUUGUCUUGUACUUGACAUCAAGGGCUUUGCUAUUAACCCACAGCAAUGCAAAUGUUACCAGUACUGUGAAUAAGUCUGUGACAUUUCUAAAUUUUCCAAUGUCAUGAAGGAUUAAAUGAAGGUUACUAAUGA